AUGAGGCCGUACAACAACAAGAAGGAGAUGAAAGAUAGUAGAGAAAAGGAGUUAGGAAGAGGUGAGAAUGAAAAGGAUAGUAGAGAAAUGGAGAUAGGUAAUGAAGAGAAGGAAACGAGCAAAAGACGACAGAGCUUGGAGCAAGAUCUAGAAAUUUUAUCUGAGGAGUCAUCUGUUUCGGCAGUGGCAGAAGCUCAUGUUAACGACUGCAUCACCAUACAAUCUCAAUACGAUGUUGACACCAUCAAAGAUGCUGCUAUCUACAAACCAACGUAUAGGAAUAUGUUAGUGGAGAAAAUGAUUGAACCCACCAGAGUUAAAUUAGAAGGACUGUAUGAAGCACAAGGGAAACGCGUCCUGAUAAAUGUGGGAGGGGGAAAAUUUGAGUGUUCUACUGUUACUUUGACACAGGAUCCAUCAAGUGUACUAGCCAAAAUGAUAAAGAAGGACUCCUCUAUGAGAUCGUAUGAUGCGAGAUAUUUGUACACUUACUUUAUAGAUCGUGACAGGAAGCACUUUAGAACCAUUUUGAAUUAUUUAAGAAGUGGUGCUGAGGGUUCUUUCGGUAAAGUUCUGCCAACAAGUCACGUGGACCUUCAGGAACUAUUAAUGGAGGCAACAUUUUAUGAACUGGACGGCUUGGUCCAGAUGAUUUUAGGAAGGAUCUGA